ACUUAUCUCAGUUCCAUUCUUUCUUUCACUUCACUUUCCUCAUUCUUCAACAAUGGCUACCUCCUUGGACACACCUUCGCCUUCUCCGUCACCAGUGUUUAGCCCUUCAUCUGAUAAACGCUUCUGGAGCACUCUCCAGAGCAGGAUUGACACACUCCUCGGCGGCGAUUCUCACAGGAAAUUCUCAAAAGCUGAGGAAGAGGAACAAACCCUUAUGAAUGAAGGAGCCAAGAGGAUGAAGGAAGAUUCCAUGUUACUAAUGAGAGGGUUUGACUCAGUUGCCCACACUCUCUCUCAGUUGUCUAACAAUUUGGACAAUGCCUUGCAGGGUGCUAGAGAAUUGGCAAACCCACCAACCUUAACUGAUAUAUUCCAUAGCAAGUUUGACAAAGUAAGGAACAAAGAAGAGAGUUCAGGGGAGGAAGAGAAAGAGGUAGAUGAGUCAAAGCAAGGAACCAAAAGGAAAUUUGAUCACAAUGAUGUCUCACAAGAAAAUGCUGGCGAUGGGAAACAACUGAAAGAUGGGAUGAUUAAGAGGGCCAAAAAUAUUGCACUGUCAAUGGCAACCAAAGCAGCUUCACUUGCAAGAGAGUUGAAGUCUAUCAAGUCAGAUCUAAGCUUCAUGCAAGAAAGAUGUGUUCUGCUUGAAGAGGAGAACAGGAGAUUGCGAGACGGAUUCGCAAAAGGUGUAAGGCCAGAAGAAGAUGAUCUUGUGAGGCUUCAGCUGGAAGCACUACUUGCAGAGAAGUCAAGGCUUGCAAAUGAGAAUGCAAACCUUGUGAGGGAGAAUCAGUGCCUACACCAGCUUGUGGAGUACCACCAACUAGCUUCUCAAGACAUUUCGGAAUCAUAUGAGAAUGUUAUUCAGGGAAUGUGCCUGGACUUCUCAUCACCACCACCAAUUGAGACAAGAAGUGAUGAUGAUGACAAAAGCAGAGAACCAACAACACCCAAAAGUGAUGAGUUCUACCAUGAAGUGUAGACCAAAACUUUUAAGCACUGAAGGCAAAUUUUGGAACCAAGAAUUACUGUUGAAUCAAUAUAAAUAAUUAAAUAUUUAUUUUAUCCUCUUAAUAAUACUUUUCUACCCCACCACCUUUUGUUGCAAAUAUUCCUGUAC